UUUGAGAUCUCUUUUAUUUCCUCUUUGUAUUGCCAGCCAAAUAUCUUUGUUUAAAGAGGAAGCCUCGUUGAAUACAUGAAUACGUUGAAAUAUUUUUUUUAUACGCGACGGCUUGGUUUCUUUACAGUCUACUUCGGAAUUAGAACACAAAUAGAUCGCAUUUUUGGUCAGGCUUUCUCCGAAGAUGCCCGAUUUGGGCCUCUAUGCAUUGUGGUACCUUCCCCGCUCUUCUGUUGGGAUCCACCGCUAACGUGAAGCUGUGGUGAGGGCCCAGAGUUUCUUCAGACAUGGCCGUGAGGGAGUCUUUUAACCCUGAAAGCUAUGAGCUGGACAAGAACUUUAGACUCACACGCUUUGCUGAGCUCAAGGGCACAGGCUGCAAGGUGCCCCAAGAUGUGUUACAGAAGCUGCUAGAGACCCUACAAGAGAACCACUGCCAAGAGGAUGAACAGUUCCUGGGGGCAGUUAUGCCUCGAUUAGGAAUAGGCAUGGACACAUGCGUGAUCCCUCUUAGACAUGGAGGCCUUUCUCUAGUUCAGACUACAGAUUACAUCUACCCCAUUGUGGAUGACCCCUACAUGAUGGGGAGAAUUGCUUGUGCUAAUGUUCUCAGUGACCUGUACGCCAUGGGAGUGACGGAGUGCGACAACAUGUUGAUGCUCCUGGGAGUCAGCAACAAAAUGUCAGAGAAGGAGAGAGACAAAGUCAUGCCACUGAUCAUCCAGGGAUUCAAGGAUGCAUCAGAGGAAGCAGGCACAUCUGUAACAGGAGGACAGACGGUGCUCAACCCUUGGGUAGUGAUGGGAGGAGUUGCUACAACAGUCUGCCAGCCCAACGAAUUUAUCAUGCCAGACAAUGCUGUGCCAGGGGACGUGUUGGUGUUGACCAAGCCACUUGGAACACAAGUGGCUGUAGCAGUACAUCAGUGGCUAGAUAUUCCUGAGAAGUGGAACAAGAUCAAACUGGUGGUAACCCAGGAAGAUGUAGAGCUGGCCUACCAUGAAGCCAUGAUGAACAUGGCUCGGCUCAACAGGACAGCGGCUGGCCUCAUGCACACCUUCAAUGCCCACGCAGCCACCGACAUCACAGGGUUCGGCAUCCUCGGCCAUGCUCAGACAUUGGCACGACAACAGCGAAGUGAGGUGUCAUUUGUCAUCCACAAUCUCCCAGUGCUCGCCAAGAUGGCUGCUGUGUCCAAGGCCUGUGGGAACAUGUUUGGUCUCAUGCAUGGCACCUGCCCUGAAACAUCAGGAGGCCUGCUCAUCUGUCUUCCCCGGGAGCAGGCUGCCCGCUUCUGUGCUGAAAUCAAAUCUCCAAAAUAUGGAGAGGGCCACCAAGCGUGGAUCAUCGGAAUUGUAGAGAAAGGAAACCGCACUGCUCGUAUCAUUGACAAACCACGGAUCAUAGAAGUGGCACCGCAAGCUGCCACACAGAAUGUCAACCCGACUCCCGGUGCAACUUCUUAAUCAUCCUUGCUGAAUUAUAAACCGGAACCCAGAAGCUCUGCUGAGUGAUUUUAGACAUAAACUACAAAAUCAUCCUAGAGUGUUGAAAUGUAUACACCGAAUAGCUCACAGUACACAGAAAAGACUGGGUUGGCGUGUACCUACAUGAAAAACAGCCCCACACAGUGGCCCAGAGAGCAUGUCAUCACCCAGUGGACUGAGCCUGCAGUAUUUCCCAUGAUAACCCAUAAGAAAUAGAGCAUACAUUGAAUCCAUUUGCCAUUUGUGUCUGUUGUAUUCUGUUAUAUUAAACAUGCUUGACUGGCAGACAGCUUAGAAUGAUGAUGAUAAUAAUAACCAGAUACUGCUGAUUCAUUUUGAAUCUUAGGAAGUCUGGCAUCUGUUGCCUCUUUUAAAACUGUUCUCAUCAAGUAAGCGGACAGUGACACGGUGUGCCCGUUUGUCCAUUCACUUUGUACAGUUAUAAAGCCUAGUUUUAGUUCAUUGUUGAAACUGAUGCUUUGAAAGAAACUGUGUGACCAGAAUGGUUUGUGUUUUUUUAUUACUUUGACCUUUUUGUAUUGUCCCCACCUAAACUAAUAAAUAUUCAA